GUCUUCUGCGGAGUUAAUUCUUUUGCAUUUCCCCCCCUACCUCGUCCUGUUGUAAUCGGGUGGUGGAUUUAAGGCUGCGCUGGAAGUUGGACCGAGCCCGUAAAGGCAUGAAGACUCAACUGUCGGCGUAACCGGUAAGGCCAGAGACUAUGAUGGGACCCUCAAUGCUUUGCUUGCUGUUCCUGGCCUCCGUCGGUGCAUCAGAGUUGGAAGAACACUUUGAUCCAGCGAAGUGCCGCUAUGCAUUGGGCAUGCAGGACCGUACCAUCCCAGAUGAGGCCCUCUCAGCCUCCAGUGCAUGGUCAGACUCUACCGCUGCUAAACACAGCAGGUUGGCGCUGAGCGAGGGGGACGGAGCCUGGUGCCCUGCAGGACCUGUCUACCCUAAUGACGCUGAGUACCUGGAGAUUGACCUGCGUGGGCUGCACUUCCUAACCUUGGUGGGUACUCAGGGCCGGCAUGCAAGUGGCCAUGGCAAGGAGUUUGCCCGUGCGUACCGGCUCCAUUACAGCCGUGACGGACACCGCUGGAUGCCCUGGCGUGACCGGUGGGGUAGCGAGGUGAUUUCGGGCAAUGAAAAUACAGAGGAUGUGGUAUUGAAGGAUCUGGGCCCGCCGAUCAUUGCUCGAUAUGUCCGCUUCUACCCCCGUGCAGACCGCGUCAUGAGUGUCUGCCUGCGUGUGGAGCUGUAUGGCUGUGUCUGGAAAGAUGGCCUUCAGUCGUACACGGCCCCUCCGGGCCAGACCAUGCCGCUACUCCCGGAACCCGUCAACCUCAAUGACUCCACUUAUGACGGGCACAGUGUCAGCAAGUUUCAAUAUGGUGGCCUGGGCCAAUUGACAGAUGGGGUGGUAGGCCUGGAUGAUUUCACCCAAACCAAAGAGCUACGUGUUUGGCCAGGUUAUGACUACGUGGGCUGGAGGAACAGCUCUUCUCCUGCCGGCUUCAUCGAGAUGGAGUUUGAAUUCGAUCAGCUCAGAGCUUUCACUUACAUGAAGGUCCACUGCAACAACAUGCACACUCGCGGGGUGAGCGUCUUCCGGCAGGUGGACUGCCGCUUCAAGCGCGCCCUGGCCACAGCCUGGGAGCCCGACCCCGUCUCGCAGCAACUGGCGGUGGAUGUGAGGAAUCCCAGCGCCCGCUCCCUCACCGUGCCCCUGGACGGGCGGCUUGGCCUCUUCAUCCAAUGCCAUUUCCACUUUGCUGGCGAAUGGAUGCUCUUCAGUGAAAUCGCCUUUCAGUCUGAUGUUGUGGAUGACCCCUCUGUCCCUGCUUCGAGCCACCGCCCCCCGGUCGUGGCACCGCCUCGCCACUCGAGCCCCGACAGACCCGUCUCCCCAGCCCUGGGUUCUGCGCUGAAUGAAAAAGCGGACGUCAACUCAAACCUCACACUCCAAGACCUUGAGAGCUCAGAGGAACCGAAAUCAGGCCAGCCCAUCGCAAAGGAUGACAACAGCAACACCUCCAUCCUGAUUGGUUGCCUGGUGGCCAUCAUCCUACUCCUGUUGGUUGUGAUAUUCCUCAUCCUUUGGCGGCAAUAUUGGCAGAAGAUCUUGGGGAAGGCCCAACGCCGCAUCUCCGACGACGACCUCACCGUCCACCUCUCCGCCCCCAGUGACACCAUCGUCAUCAACAACACCAUGGGCUCCCACCGACACUCGAACCGCUACGAGCGCAUCCACUCGGGGGAGACGGAGUACCAGGAGCCCAACAGGGCCCGCAUGAAAUUGCCGGAUCUGCCCCACAGUGUCGAGAACUCUGCUCUGCUGCUCAGCAACCCGGCUUACCAUCUCUUCCUGGCCACUUAUGCCCAGCCAAUGGGAAGGCCUGCUUUCCCGCCACCCAACCGGGUUAAGCCAAUCAACACCAAUGCAUGUGGGGUUGACUACAUGGAACCAGAAACCGCAGCCAGCCAGCCGGGCUUCCAGAACAACGUCCCUCAUUAUGCUGAAGCUGACAUCAUCAACCUGCAAGGAGUGACCGGUGGGAAUACGUACGCCGUACCGGCCGUGGCGGUGGACGCCCUCACCGGCAAGGACAUGGCCCUGGGCGAGUUCCCCCGGGAGCGGCUCAUCUUCAAGGAGAAGCUGGGCGAAGGGCAGUUUGGAGAGGUGCACUUGUGUGAGGUGGAGAACCCUCAGGACCUCCUCAGCUUGGAGUUCCCCUUCAACGUGCGCAAGGGGCGCCCUCUGCUGGUGGCUGUGAAGAUUCUGCGCUCCGACGCCACAAAGAACGCCAGGAAUGACUUCCUGAAGGAGGUGAAGAUCAUGUCUCGCCUGAAGGACCUCAACAUUGUGAGGCUGCUGGGCGUGUGCGUGCAGGACGACCCCCUGUGCAUGAUCACCGAGUACAUGGAGAACGGCGACCUCAACCAGUUCCUCAGUGGGCACGAGCUGGAAGACAAGAUGGGCGGCAGCCCCAGCGGGAAACCCACCAUCAGCUAUCCAACCCUGGUCCAUGUGGGGGCCCAAAUUGCCUCAGGAAUGGCCUUCCUGGCCUCCCUCAACUUUGUGCACCGGGACCUGGCUACACGAAACUGCCUGGUGGGCGAAGGGUUCACCAUCAAGAUCGCGGACUUUGGCAUGAGUCGGAAUCUCUACGCUGGGGACUAUUAUCGCAUCCAGGGCCGGGCGGUGCUGCCUAUCCGCUGGAUGGCCUGGGAGUGCAUCCUCAUGGGCAAGUUCACCACAGCCAGCGAUGUCUGGGCCUUCGGCGUCACACUCUGGGAGGUGCUGAUGCUUUGCCAGGAGCAACCCUACAGCCAGCUCACCGACGAAUCUGUCAUUGAAAAUGCCGGCGAGUUCUUCCGGCACCAGGGCAAGCAGGUCUAUCUCUCCCGUCCCCCUGCCUGCCCUUUGGCUGUCUACGAGGUGAUGCUGAGAUGCUGGGCACGAGAGGCCAAGGACCGCCCAUCUUUCCAAUACCUGCACCGCUUCUUGGCUGAGGAUGCCCUCAAUAUGGUGUGAACCGGGCUGGCACUGGCCAGGGGAGGCUACACUGAGGAGUCAGGGCAGCACCGCAGAGACUGCUGGGGCGGGGUGUGGCUCAGGAGGCCUCAUGCUCCGGAAUCAACUCUACUGGGGUGCCUGGGGUGGCGUCUGUCUGUCCAUCCCUGGCCCAGCCUUUGUCCGCCCAUCGCUCUCCAUCCACCCCCCAGAUAUGUCCUUCUGGAUUCACUCUCUUUCUCCCAUCACUCACUCUCUUCUUGACUCAUCUCCAUCCUGCUGUUGACCCUUCCAUCUUCUGACCCAGAAAUACCAUGCAGAGAUGCCUGUCCAACACAUUCCUCCUCCUCUGUUUCUCCAGUCCAUCUAUCCACAUACAUGCCUAAUUUGCCCUGCGCCUUUCUCCUAAUCCCAUUCUGUCCUAUCUACCUUAACCUGAACAAACUUCAGUGACACCCUCAUUUGACUCUUGUAUCCAUUCACUGAUGCACACACUGAUCUCUGCAUUCUUCCCAUCUCUAUAUCCUUUCGGUAUUGUAUUUUUUCUCUCCAUAUACCCACCAUAUAAUUUCCUCCCUUCCUCCUCUCUCAUUUCCAGGUUCUCAAAGUGUGAGUUGAGCCUCCCCAAUGGAGCAGGGGUGGUUGCUAGGGGAUACCCUAGGAGUUCCUCCUUGACUUCUUUCCUCCAGCCAGGGAUAACAUGUAUUGUGAAUGGUCCAGGAGACAGAAUGCUCAUCCUGUCACUUAUUUCUAGUCAGUUCAGUGCUAACUGCCAUGAAUAUGCUGCUAGAGAGCCGGGGCAAUACAGUGGCCCUUUCUACACCUAAGGCUUAUCCCAGGAAAAUGGAGGGAUCGUCCCUGCCUGCUCCCGGGAUCCCCUGUGUGGCAUUUUCAUGCACAGGGAUGAUCCUGGGGAAAAAGGCAGGUGUAGAAACAGCCAUAGACUAAAGGAGUGAGCGUGGAAGGGCUCAGUUCAGAUCCCACCUUAGCUAUAACCUCACUUUGUGGCCUUAGGCAAGGACCUGUUCCCUCAGCCUUUAUUCCCUCCUCUGCAUUAUGGAGCUAAUAGUUCCGGCCUACUUUACAGGAUUGUUGUAAAGACUGCUGAAAUAAUAUACAUGAAACACUUUUGGACACUCAGCAAUGCUAGGGGUGAUCAUUAUUGCAGGCGUUGUCCCAUCAAUCUGUUAGGGUCAACGGGCUCAUCCUACACCAAGCAGGAUAUCCCACUAUGAAAGCGGUAUAAAAAAGGCAGAAGCCACACUACUGGUUUAUAGUGAAGUGCACGGACAACUGUUGGGACCCAUUGACACAUAUCAUAUAUACCACUUUCAUACCGCUUUCAUAGUGGAAUAUCCUGCUUGGUGUAGAUGUGUCCUGGGCCCCAACAGUUGUCAGUGUACUUCAGUACUGUUAUCAAGCAGUAGUGUAGAUCCUGUAGUGCACUUCAAUACUGCUAUAAAGCAGCAGUGUGGCUCCUGCCUUUUAUAUACCACUUUCAUACCACUUUCAUAGUGGAAUAUCCUGCUUGGUGUAGACGAGCCCAAUGUGAUUAGGCCCUCAUUUGGAAUGAUUUCCUUUUUGCUCUUUUUAAUUCCAGUGGUUCUCAAACUGGAGCAGCACCUCCUCGCACAUUUGGGUUGCUGUGUGGGGAGGUGGCUGCUUCCCCACUUCCUGCAAAUCACCCUCGCCUGAUUUGGGACGAGUUGCUUCUUUGUUUGAGCAACGUUUCCCCCUGGAUGCGGUUUCGGGCAAUGCUGGGGAUGCCUUCUCCAAAUCCCCUUUCUGAUGAAGGUUUGGAUUAACGCCCCUAUCUUCACAGCAGCAGGCACAUGACUGCCUGCAUGGAUCUUGACGUGGUCUGGGCUACAGAUGGCUGGUGAUGGGGGAGUAGAAAAGGCUUAGAAAGGGAGGACAGGCACCAAGGGGUUAAGAAACACUGCUCUUAAAACCACUGGGUUCCGUUCUUCUCCACUGAGCUUACCCCACUAUUGGGAUGAAUCCUGGCCAUCCAGCUGACUGCUCUGUUAUAUCUCUGUGACAUGUGGGAUGGUUGGGUGGAAAGGAUGCACACACUGAUCCUUUUUCCUUGCGUUAAUGGAGGCUCACCGUUUUAAUCUUUGAGAAUCCUGGCUCUGUUUCCUCUUUCCUCUUUAUACUCUUUCCCCCCAGAGAGUGUUGCUGUCUUACUGCCAUCCUUUCCGAGAAAGUGUACUGGGGAGGAGGCACCUAGAGCUUUGGGCAGACUCCAUAGUGGGGACUGCAUUUCUGCCUUUAGAUUUCACGGACAACUGGAGUAACACUGGCUAAACAAAGAGGACCCUCUGGUCCGAGCACACUGGGAUUUUAAACUGAGCACUGGAUGCUUGGAGAGGCUGGAAGAAGUGGUGUCAAACGUACUUCACAAAUCCAUUGUAGGCUGGGGGGGACCCAGUACUAGCUGCUCUUAAGGGGGCAAGAGGAGGAUACCUCUUGGUCUGAACUGCUUUGACAAGUUAAAAGAGACAGGAGCCCCGACUCGCAAGUUCUGGACAUGGCAUGGAAUGGACUUCAGGCUACAAGCGUUCACAGUUCGACCUUAAAAAAAAGAAUUAACACUGGGUUUCCAAAAGGGCCAGUUUUCCAUUCCAACUUCGCAAGGUGCCACAGAUCCAUCCCAGCUGGGGGCCUGACCCUGUUCUUUGUAAAUUCAUUUUUCUCCCUUUUUCCUGGAGACUUGAGGUGACAUGAUUGUAGAUACUGUACUGUACAAAGCGACGGGGGAAAGGAUGCACUUUUCCAAAGCAAGCAGAGCGUCUUGGGGAAGGAAUCUGUUGUUUCUCGCCCCCCCACUCCCACUGUGAUUCCAUUGUGGAGUUGCCCAAGGAUGUGUCCUGAAAGCCAGCACCAGUCGCGUGCUCAUAGCAGUGGCAUCCGUGCACAUUCAGCCUGUGCUGAAUCAGGUCCACGCAGGCAACUCCUGCGAGAUUAUCCAUGCAAUAAGCUUUACGAAGGCCAAUACCUUGUUUGGUGGGAAGGGGAGGGAAAUAUAUUCCCACCCACCCACCCCUGCAAACGUUGUUUGGUUCCCUAAGUGAGAAAAACACACAUAAAAAAUACUGCAUUUUCUAUUGACUGAAAUCAUCAAGUAUCUUUCAAAAUGUAAGGUUUGUAAAUGGAUAGUUGUAGAGAGCAAUUUGGGGGCAAGGGAGGGAGAUUCUCAGAAUAAUGUCAUCAAAAUGUUCUAAAAUAAUUGGAGCUUUCUAUGCUUUGUGUUUCAGCUUUUGGCAGGUACACGUUAUAAGAAAGUAAUCAAGAGAAAAGAUUAAGUGGCGAUUUUAUAUAUAUAUUGAGCACCAUCCUUCAAAGGUUAUGACAGUUAGCCCAUUCCUAUGUGCCAAGUCCGUGUGUGCACAGGAUUGUAGCUUAUGUCCCAUUAUGUCCCAUUGCUUUUAAUGGGUUGGAUCCAGAGGUGCACCAGCGGAAGAUAUCCUGGCAGCAGCGCUGUUCUAUGAACAGUUGUGCAAGAGCUAGUGGAAGGGAUUGUGCAGGGCCUUGUGCUAGCACGCCUCUUGAGACCUUGUGCAAGAGAUAUUGUGCAAGUCUUUCAGUUCUCGUAAGCUUGCCCAAGGAUCUUGUGCGGAGUGUGAAAAAGCUGUUCUGCACCUGGAAGAGGCCUUCUGCUUUCGGAAGGCAAGUCUGGAUUCAGUCCAAUGGGACGUACCCCACAAUCCUAAACGUGUUCACUCAGGAAGGCGCCCCACUGACUUGAGUGGGGAUUUCUUCCAAGGAUGUGUACGUAGGACUGUAGCUUUAGUCAUGGCUAACUAUUUGCUUAAUCAGGACAGACUAAUGUUUCCGAUAUUUUCAAUGGUGUGAAAUGACUCAUCUUAACUAGAUGUAUAUUUCUAUCUGAAGAGGUUUCAGGAGCACAUGAUGCCCGUUCUUGCUUCCCCCAUUUCAUUGAUUCUCCUCUAUGCUUACUGUACAAUUAUUCCUCUUUCCCCCCCAAGUUUCCCUGCGGAUACUUGUAGCUGUUUUGUUUGUUUAUUUGUAAUGUGCAUCGGGAUGUGUAUAUAUUUGAAAAGCAGAAAAGAAAAUAGACAGAUUUUUUACACUAAUAUAUAGAUGUUUGGUUUUUUUUUUUUAGUCCUUUCCUUUUAUGUGGUGAAAUAAAACGCUUUGCAUUUUGUACA